UUUACCAUCUCUAACAUUAUUUUGUGAUUCCCUCCAGACCAGAAAAAUGUAUGCAGCUUUUACGCUAUUCUUCUUCAUGUGCUUGACUGCCAGCAGCCAUGCAGAUCACCAUCAGCCUUGUCAUUCACCCAAUAUGACAGGAAUCCUGUCUGUGAUGUCACUGAAAGGUGAAAUGAAAGCGUACGGUGCAUUCACCUAUGAUUCAAUGGGCAAGAAACUACGCUUCAGAUCAAACGAGAGCAGCCCCACAAAUGCUUCGCACAGUAUGGAUCUGCUGAUGUUUUUUGAAGAGGGGAUAUUCUAUGAGAUUGAAAGCAAAAACCAGAGCUGCGUGAAAAAAACGCUGCACUGCAGCAUGCACCCUCUGGAUAUUCCCGAUGAUGCUACAUUUUCCUCUAACGUACACUCUGGGAGCGCGUCCAUUGAAGGGGAGGGAUUACAACUCAAUGUAUGGACAGGAUCAAUGCCUGAGAAGAAAGGCCACUACUCCAUGUACGUAACCAAGGGAUGUUUGCCUACAUCCACUUUCUACUUCACUGAGUCCACAUCAUUCUUUUUCAGCAUCAUGGAGGUCGAAAACGAGAUCAAGGACCCCGAUCUCCUUGCGGUGCCUCACUUUUGUGUGGGACAGCCUGUGGAGGAGACACCUGAAGGGACAGUAAAUAGUUUCCUCAAUGAGUUUGUGUAGAUGAAGCAUCACCAGCAGAAAAUUAAGCCCCUUAUGCAAGCAUGGCCCACCAGAACUAUAGACUUUUCUCUC